AUCAUUGUCAGGGUCCACAUUGGCAUAACUUUGCCCUGAAAUUUGGUUGUGCGGUGAUUGUACUUCUUGCCUUGACUGUGAUUGGAUUGAGUGUUUCAGUGAUAUUCAUAAGACAAAACACAUCAAUAGAAAAAACCAGCAUGGAUGCUCAAGAGAACAGGAAGGAAGCAACAGAGAGACCAGUUCUGUUAACAUGCCCAAUGCACUGGCAAAAAAUCCAAAAUAAAUGUUUGUAUUUUCAUGAAACUUCCAAAUCUUGGAGUGAUAGUCUAGCUGACUGUUCCACAAGAGAAUCCAGUCUACUGCUUAUUGAAGAUCAGGAAGAACUGAGACUCAUACAAAACCUGAUAAACAAAAAAGCAAUUCUCUUUUGGAUUGGAUUAAAUCUUACAUUAUCAGAGAAGAACUGGAAGUGGAUAAAUGGAUCCUUUUUAAAUUCUAAUAUAUUACCAGUUUAUGGUGAUGUUAAAGAAGACAACUGCGUUUGCAUAUCAAAGACACAAUUUAUUUCUGAUACCUGUGCUUCAGAAAAUAGAUGGAUCUGCCAAAAAGAACUAAAACUGCCAGAUAUAAAGUAAUAUGUUCUUCCAGUUGACCUGCCAUCCCCCUCCAUCUCUUUAAUUUCCAUUUCAGAUCUCUGUCAUUUUAGCUGUAUAUAUUGUCAUAGUGGCUCCAUGCACAUUUUGUGGUACAAAGUGAACACACACUGAGAAUUCUAAUUUUUGUGAAUUUUACAAAAGUCCAUAUCUAGCCUCCUCAUUCCAUAACUGAAAAAACAUAUACCUAAA